AUGCAACUCCUAAAGCAUGGGCAUCAAAACUUCCAAUUCAAUAAAAAGCUUUGGAAGGUAACGUAUCAGGAGAAUAUUAGGACUGAACUUCCUGAAGGAGGAGGAGCGCUCAAGGUAUAUAUACGGAGAGUUUCCUGUUCGGUUAAGACUUUCGUGUCCAAGAAACGUGCCCGAGGGCCUGACCCUGUGCCCCGGGCACCUGCUGAGAGCAACAUGAAGUUCUUGAUCAUCGCGACACUGCUGGCGGUCGGCCUCGCAGCCUUCUCGGCAGAUCUGCAGGACGAGUCAGGAACCGCUGACGGAAAAUUUAUCGCCGGAUAUGUUACUCGAACUCGCUUCAGCACAUUAUGGUCCACGACUCUGAAGACCUGCUACACGCAGCUCGGCCAGAACGCGCUGUGCCAGGGACGAAGGAAGAGGGAGGCCAAGGUCUUGAACGAAAACCUCAUGGCCGCUGACACCAUGCGUGAUGUCCUCCUGGACUCUUCCCAAGACGAGAAGGCUCCCGAAGUCAAGCUCCGUGAUGAGACGGAAGCGGCCAAGCUGUUCAAUUACAAGCAGAGCUUCACCACCAUGACCUACACAUCUACCACCGAGAACACCGCCACCACCGUGUCCGUCUCCUUCCACUGUGUUCCUCCUGAGGGCCUCAAUUACGCCGUCUGUUAGACAUCAAUGACUUCUUGAACGAUGUCCGGCCUACUAUGAAAUGAUGUUCCCACACUUCUUUGGUUCUAUUUAUUUUUACUACGAGCUGUCGGCGCUGUGAGCAAGAGUCAGCUCUCGGAAAUGUUGUACAUGAUAUGGUCCUUAAGCAAGUAUAGCUGUAAA